AUGCAGCAGACAUUAUCCCAGGCCACCAAUCAUCCAGCAAUCUCUAACUUAAAUUACAAUUACCCCAGGGAACGUUUUCCUUACGACAUUUUAGAGGGGGACCCGAUCCCGCACGCAGCCUCGGGGGCCAGAAGGCGCUCAGUCCGCAUUUCCCUCGCGGGGCGGUGGGAGGCGGCCGCGCUCGGCUCCCCCCCGGCCCCUGCCCACCGCGCCGGUCGCCUCCCCCGCAGGCCCCCACCCCCGGCAGCUCCCAGGCCACAACGAGGUAGGGCGGCGGCGGCCCGCGGCCCCCAUCCGUCCCUCGCAGCGCGGGCGGCCCGAGCGAGCGGCACCCGCUGCGCCCCUGCGGCGCGGCACAGGCCGCGGCCUCCCACCGCCACCAGCCGCGGCCCUCGCCCCGCCGGGCCCCGCGAGCGGGUGCCGGCGCAGCCCGCGGGCCCAAGCCGUGCCCGCGGGAGAAUGUCCGCGCCGCGGGGGCUGCGCCUCCGCCUGAGCCCCGCGAGAGGCGGGGAGGCUCAGGCCCGGCGGCGGAGAGAGGCCUAUCCACCCUCUCGCGGGCCCGGGAAGCGGACGGGGCAGGGGCCGGAGCUCCCCUGUGGCAGUGACAGGGCCGGCGAAUCUCACCUGGGCCCCGCAAGUCGGGCCGGCGACGGUCCAGCGGCUGCUCGGCGGGGUUUGAAAUCGCCAGCACCGCCCGCACCUCCCAGUGUCCGCCGCGCCCAUUGGCCGCCGCCGGCCCCGCCCGCGCUCGUGCCCGCGCGCCUCAUUGGCCCGUUUGAAUCCGGCAGCCGCAGCGCGUGCUCCCCGCGCGCUCCCGACACCGCGGCGCCGCCGGGAGAGCGCGCGCCGCACCGCGCCGGGGGCGGCCUCGAGCGGCACCAGCCCGGCCCCGCCCCCAGCAACCACCGGGACAGGCCGCGGAGAGGCCGCCGCCGGGUCCCCAGUAAGGGCGCGGGGCGGCUGCGGGGCCCGGUGCGCCUAGCGAGAGGCUCUGGUGAGCUCCUGGGGCAGCCGCGUCAGGCCGCCCGACCCUUUGGCCAAGGGCUAAAGCAGCUCCGAGCCGGUUGA